AUGCCUGACAGUCUAGGACAUUCAGUUGGAGCAGAGAGGUUUGAAUUGCUCACAAGAUUGGCUGGCAAUGAGGAUCCAUUUGAAAUGAAUGUGAAGAAGAGAGCCACAGGAACAAAAGAAGAGCCCACUCUUAUUCCGUCUUUGUACGAUAAAAGGCUGAUUGGAUGUGUUUGUUAG